AUGCCAAAGAUCGAAAUGCUAGGGGAGGAGAUGAGUGAAAUGUCGGAAGGGGGAUCUAGCUCAACAACAAGAGGUAAGAGCUCUGUAUUGGAGGAUGGCGGCUACGAAUGCGACUGCGGGAAGGCGGCGCUAGUCCGACAAUCAUGGACAGACGCAAAUCCAGGUAGGCGAUUCUAUAGGUGCGGAGCCGGUUGGAAAAACAUCUGCAACUACUUUCGGUGGCGCGAUCUUGAGAAACCACAUGGAUGGCAGAAAAUAGCACUUUUGGAAGCAAGGGACUUGAUAAAGUCACAAGCAGAGGAGCUUACAAAGCUUAGAGCGAUUGUUGGUGGCCAAGAAGCAAGGAACACAGAGGACGAAGGGAGUGAGCUCCUUCGUAGGUUGGAAGACAUGGAAAAGGAGAAUAUGGCUCUACGAAGUUAUGUGAAGGCAAGCGCGGCGAAGGAUCAAACCAUCCGUCAGGUGGUCAUUAUCUCUUGGAUAGGUUUUGCUUGUGUUGUGGCAACAAUAGUUCAUGCAUUAAAGUAG